GCAAUCAGAACACCGCAUCAGCAGCCACUGAUAACCACACCAUGUUGACCGAUUACUACCGUAACAAUAUGCAGCAAAUGGAUCAGAAUUCGUCUUUAAACCGACACUCUGAUAAUGGCUAUGGCCAUGGAUCAUAUGGAAGCUUUUCCAAUGAUAACCGAGUACCUCUUGACCGUCCACUGUUCAUCAACACCUCAAUGUCAGCCCAACAGAGAGUGGAUAUCUACCGCCAACUAUCCGACCCACCAAAGGAUAGUGAACCAGCCCUGGCUUUCAACUUUCGUAGCUACUAAGCAGCUACCAAGCCCACCAACCACCACCCACCUGUCGUAUUUUUAUUUCCUAUUGAUCUGAAGAGCUCUAGCUAGCCUAAAAUUCGAAGUUACUCAUUGUUGCCCAGUUGUCGUACUCCUCCUAUAUCCAUUUUUGAAAGUUUUGAACUUUUCGUUUUUUUUUUAUUGCUUGUUUACUUUUGUUUCGUCUCCCAACAAUUCACCAGUUUUACCGAGUUACAGUCCUUCCUAAUUACUUGUAAAUAGAAGUUGAAUCGACUUCGAAAUCUCAAACAAACACGUAGUGUACAAAACUUCAGGUCACUAUGAUUAAGGUUUCUCUUUGCAUACAUACAUCAUACUCCACCCUUACUUGGUACUUGCAACCAGAUAGCUGUAAAUAGCUGCACUUCAUUAUUCCCGGUUAGAAAUUGAAUUCAUUCAAAUAAAGCACACACUCACACUCCAUUUCUUAGACUCGAAUUGUAUUUGUUUUCGUUUUUUUUUGAUAGUAGGAAAUGUAUUUUUCACCUGUCUCCUAGAUCAUCUGGAUUUGCGUGAUGCUGUGCGGUACCUUGUUUUGAUUUUGUUAAUAAUUAAUAAAACGGAUUAUUGCUCA